UUCGCGGUGCGAUCUGUCGCAUAUUGAAGUCGCCACCGCUUCUGAGAAAACCAAACUUUGUGUCCCAAGAUCCCGAUCAAUAUCCUGCCCUUCACAAAAUUAAAGCGUUCGCCACCCCUUGUGAGAAACGUCGAUCUUCCCCGAAAAGAAAACGACAAAAAAUUAUCAUAUGAUGGCACUGACAAGCUGCUUGGAAUGGAGUGUUUUCAUUGUUGUCACGGCCUGUUUGGCAGGCUGUGUAUCCCCCACGGAGUUCAACGAAGGUCACAGCCCGAGCGUAACCGGAAAGCCAUCUCUGAUUCGGACGGAGCUUCGCUUUGGCCGUAACCUGGACCCCUCGAAGGUGCGGAUAGUAAACGUGAAGUCCAGCAAGGGAGAGGACGUGGAGAUCCUGGUGGGUAAGAACAGCCGCAAAGCCCGCGCUGAGGAUGCGGCUGGCUCCUUCUUCGUGCGAAGUGCGGACGUCAAGCGGCACCUGAGUCCGCCCAUGGGUAAGGCCACAGGUCGCCAGCUCACCUUCGAACACAGCCCGGCACUACUGAAGCAGAGUGAGCUGGCACAGCAAAUGGGCGCCUAUCGACAGCGAAAGGCGGAGGCGGAACAGCGCCAGGCGAAACUUAUCCAGCUGCAGAUGGUCAAAGCGCGGAGUAAGGCGGAUGAGUACCAGGCCGUGCCGAGGGACUCCCGCAGGGGACGUCAGCUCGGCACUGACGUGGCCUGGCAACCGGCUAACUCCUUUGUCCAGUUCCCGACCCAUCCAAUCCCACGCAAAAACUUUUCUUUGGCGGCAGACCGACAGUGGCAACCUUUCGGUUCAAGCGAUUCGGUGGAGAUCCUUCCACGGGUGCAGCAAUUGCCGCAGGGAUCUGCGUUUAGCUUCCCCAGGGACAUGGACUUUGCUUCCUCCGACGUCCAUGAGUACAGGGAUACUAGGAGUUAUACCAACAGCGGGUCGAGUCAGGGAUACCGGCCGCAAAAUCUUAUAACCAAGCACAACUACAACACCCUGCCGCAGAAGUCCAAGUACGUGACCUACAUGCCGCACUCCGUAGUGGUCACGGCAAGUGCAGGAGUCGCCACUCCCACCCACACACGACGUCCAGGGCAUGUGAGCCCACACCACAACCCCAUUGGCCAGAGUACCCACAGCGUUGUCGACGGCCCCGCCGUGACGCUGAUUGAAGGUGUCCGCGUACCAGACAGCGCUGAGGACAAGGUUAAGACCUGGCGCAACGCCCGCGUCCUAAACAACCAGUUGGUGCCAUAUCCAGAGGGUUAUACGCCGCCAAGGGCCCAGAUACCUAGCUUCGACCGAUAAGUGCCGGUUAGAUCAGAAUGACGGGUGUUGGUGCUCAACGGAUAAUGCUAUUUAUUGAUUUGUUUAUUGUUAAGCUAUUUAUAAAAGUUGAAUAAAAUUUGUCAAGGAA